UGUCUAUGAAUAUUUUAUCAAUGUAUGAUUCGAAUAUGGAAUAUAACGAAAUCACUUUUUUUUACUUUUAUAAGAAAAAUUUACUACAACAUGGAUAAAAAUGUUCCUCUAUUGAUAGCUUGUAAACCUCUAAAAUCAGAGUUUAAUAAUUUCCAAGAAAUAUCACUAACUUCUUCAGAGUUUACACUUGGACGAGGACUUCAAAAUUCAGUUGUAAUACCAUUUUUAGCAAUCUCUAGAAAUCAUUGUACUUUUCGGAAAAUAGGUAACAGUGAAUGGAUAAUUGAAGAUAACAGUACCUUUGGAUUAUUAAUUAAUGGGCAAAAAUUGGGAAAAGGAAACAUAAAAAAACUCUCAAAUGAAGAUGUUAUCAUACUAGAGCCUUCAGAAGAAUUUAAAUAUAGGUUUAUUUUUGAAUCUGAUACUAAUAUAAUACCAAGAAAACGCAUAAAACUUGAAGUUGAUGAUGAGACCAAUAAUUUUAUAAAUGAUGUAAAAAUUAAAUUUGAAGAAUCACAAAGUUGUGAAAUAAAACAUUUAGAAGACAAAAUUCAAAACAGAAAACAAAUGCAAACAGCAACAAUGAUAUUAAAACAACAAUUACAAAUUAAUAUGGACAGAAAAAUAAAACAUCUCGAAUCUCAAUAUGCAUUACAAAUAGAAAAUUUAAAAGGAGAAAAGAGUGAAGUAGAGCAACAGAAAGCACUACGAAUUGCUGAAAGAGAUGCUCAACUUGCAAUGGUAAAAGAAGAAAUGGAAAUGAAAAUAUUAGAGUUGAUGGAUCAAAUCAAGAAACAUAAUGAGGCAGAGUCUGAAAUGAUAAAAGAAAACAAUUCUCUUAAAGAAAAAUUAUUAAAAGAACGUGAGGAAUUCCUUUCAGAAUUAAAUCGAAAGAACACAUCAAAAGAAGAGAUGUUGAAGAAAUUAACAGCAAAAAUGAAAGAACAAGAAGAAGUGCGGUUAAAAGAAAAACAGGAAUUGGAAGAAAUGCUACGAACAGAAACAGAACAACUUAGGUUAGCGAAGGAGAAGGAAUUAAAAGAAUUAGAAAAACAGAAGGAAUUACGAGAAAUAGAAUUAAAACAAGAACUGGAUGAAAUAAAAAAAAAUCUAGAAGAGAAAGUUCAACAAACGGAACAACAAAAAUUAAACGCUGAACAGUAUCUAAAUGAACAAAUGGAACAGAUGAAAAAGUUAAACGAUGAGGAGAAGGUGAAAAUGGAUCAACUUAUACAGGAAAGAGAGGAAAUACGAAAAAAACUUGCUGAGGCACAAAUUAAUUCUGAAAAAUCUCUUGAAGAACUCAAGUCACGAGUUACACAACGAGAAACGGAGCUAGCAGCACUAGCUGCCGAAAGAAUCCAAAAGCAAGCUGAGCAAUCUAGUGAAGUCAUUAGUUCUUUACAAGAUCAGCUAGAAAAGAUGAGAAAGCAGCUAGAAAUAGUAGAAACUGAAAAUAAAAAUCUUAUUGAAAGUGUACCUGAUCCUUUCAAGGAAGGCACUUCGAAACAGAGCACAUUAGCUGAAGUUGGACAGCUUAUGGAAAGUGAAUUACAAUGUAGCAUUUGUGCUGAACUAUUCAUAAACGCAAUCACCCUUAAUUGCUCACAUACCUUCUGUAAAUAUUGCAUAACAGCAUGGAAAAGGAAGAAAAAGGAUUGUCCCAUUUGCAGGGCGGCGAUUACUUCCGAAUGCAAAAGCUUAGUAAUAGACUCUUUCAUAGAAAAAAUGGUAUUAAAUCUCACUGAGGAAAUGAAGAAUAAGAGACAGGAACUACUCAAAAACAGAGAAGAACUCGAGUCAGCGCUAGAGAGUCAGCUCAGCGCGGGGACCAGUCGCGGAGAUUACAGCUAUGGAUACACGGACUACAGCAAUUUCGAGUUCUUCGAGGAGGGGGAGGAGGAGGAGGAAUACGAGGACAACGACGACUACAUCGACUUCUGGCCAUUUCCACGAGGACGGUACUAUGAGUCGUCAAAUACCAACAGUAGAUCUGACGAUGCUUCCAAUUCCGAGGAGUCCCCCACAGAUCUUUCUGUUACCAGCGCCGAUGGUGGUACAGACGAAUCUGGAAGUGCAAACCACGGACACAGUAACGAUGCCGUCCCAGGUGUACCUGGUUCCUACUACGGAGGGUACGGACGGUGCUACAGUUGCGGCGCCAAUGGUCACUGGGCACCAGGUUGCCCCUUCAGAUAAUCUUAUAAAUUAGAAAUAGAACUUAUUUCCAGAAUGCUCAGAAAAUGAAAUGGAAAUAACUGUACAUAACCAAUUAGCUAAGUAAUCUGAGAAAACCGGCUUAUCGGCGAAGUUUGAGAAGAAUACAGCGAAAUAAACAUUUGUCUCAAACAAUGAAAAUUUUAUCUAUCUGUCUCGGAUAACUGUUUGUCUGAUUUUGUGGGCCCUAUCUGUUAAGCCACAUGUAUAAUUAUAGGUAUUAAAAGAAAAUGUAAAAAAAAUCCCCCAAAAAGGUCGCAACAGAAUCUGUAAUUGUAUGUUAAUGUAUUUUUUUUAUAUUAUACGACCAGUUUCACCUUAUGAAAGGUCUGUAUAAAAAUAAUUAUCAAAACUUACAACUGUUUUUUUAUCAAGAAUGUGUACUCAAAAAUCCACCAAAUAUUGUUAUUCGUUAACAUAUUUUGGCUAUCUUUGUUCCAUUAGUGUGCUAGAAGUAAAGUUGUGAAUUUCUUUUUGAGCUGGUUAUAUGUUAAUUUUAAUAUUUUGUCCUAUUAUUACUUAUAAUGUGUUACUUCUUCAAUUCACACACGUCACAUAUUGUGACGUGUGUGACUACCGACAAGCAGGAUCAGCCUUAGUGUAACUGGCGCCUCAAAGCAAGUUUUUGGAGAGGCUUCAUGUCGAAAACAAAGUUAUCAUUCAUUUCAGUGUCGUCCACGCCGAGUAAGAUAUCUAAAAAAUGGUCAUCGUCUAUUUUCAUGUCGCUCACUACCAGAUCAAAAAUUUACCGGGUUCAAUAUCGCCCACGCCGGGUCGACCAAGUCCAAUAUCUAUAUGGUUGGGUUCCUAAAAGUCAUCACCAAUUUCAGUGCUGCCCACACUGGGUUCAAAAUCGCCCAUAUCAUGCCCGCGCUUCUUUUAUAUCUCAUUACAUUACUCAGAUCCCCAAAUGCUCCUAACCCCCUAAGACCCUGCUUACAGGAUUGACCUUAGUGUACCAGGUACCUCUGGGCAAGUUUUCACGCCCCGCCCCCCUUCACUAAGGCUGAUACCUAUAAUAAAACCUACAAUGAGGAAGUUAAGAUCUUUGGAAAAUGUAUUAUUGAUUUAUACGUUUAUUUUUAUAAAUAUCAAAAAUAUUUUUUAAAAAAUAUUAUAUAAAAUAAAAAUAGAAUUCCAAA